CGAUUGUUUAAAAUAGGCGUGACAACAUUUGAUCUAGUAAUCUAGUCUUCUGCUCAGCGAUUGUUUAAAACAGGCGUGACAACAUUUGAUCUAGUAAUCUAGUCUUCUGCUGAGGAGGAACAGUCAGAAUCUGAACCAAAGCAUGUCCACUGCCAAGUUUAUCCUUCUGAUUUUGAUCAUCUUACUACCCAUAUCAUUAUCAUCAUCAUCAGAAGAAUCAGGGGCAAUAGAGGCCUUGAUUGGACGCUUGGAAGCCAAACGGUCAACUCCAUCCGUACAAGAACAUGCGGCCAAAGCUGUUCUCCACAGAUUGCUUCCAACCCAUGUCUCCAGCUUUCAAUUCAAGAUUGUAUCCAAGGAUAUUUGUGGUGGACGCUAUUGCUUUCGGAUAACCAAUUACAAGAACUCAAGCAGAAUGAACCAAAGAUAAUGAUAGAAGGUAUUACUGCAGUUGAAAUUGCAUCUGGCCUCCAUUGGUAUUUAAAAUAUUGGUGUGGUGCUCAUGUUUCAUGGGACAAGACUGGUGGUAUUCAGAUUGCUUCUGUUCCAAAGCCCGGAUCUCUGCCUCUUGUUUCAGAUGAAGGAGUGAUUAUUCAACGUCCAGUCCCAUGGAAUUAUUACCAAAAUGUUGUAACUUCCAGUUAUUCCUAUGUUUGGUGGGAUUGGGAAAGAUGGGAGAAAGAGAUAGACUGGAUGGCUCUUCAAGGAGUUAAUUUGCCUCUAGCAUUCACAGGGCAAGAAAGCAUUUGGCAAAAAGUUUUUACAGAUUUUAAUAUUAGAAAGCAAGAUUUGAAUGAUUUCUUUGGUGGACCUGCUUUUCUUGCCUGGGCUCGCAUGGGAAAUUUACAUGGGUGGGGUGGGCCUCUAUCACAAAAUUGGUUGGAUCAACAGUUGGUGCUGCAAAAACAGAUAUUAUCACGGAUGAUAGAGUUAGGCAUGACUCCAGUGCUGCCAUCUUUUUCUGGGAAUGUUCCAGGAGCACUCAAAGAUAUAUUCCCUUCUGCAAAUAUUACAAGACUAGGGGACUGGAACACGGUUGACGGUGAUACUCGUUGGUGUUGUACUUUCCUUCUAGAUCCUUCUGAUCCUUUAUUCGUAGAGAUUGGGAAGGCUUUUAUUAAGCGACAAAUCAAAGAAUAUGGGGAUGUGACAGACAUUUAUAGUUGUGAUACAUUCAAUGAGAACCGCCCACCAACAAGCGACCCGUCAUAUAUUUCAUCCCUUGGAGCUGCCGUUUAUGAAGCAAUGUCCAAAGCAGAUAAGGAUGCGGUGUGGCUAAUGCAAGGUUGGCUAUUUUAUUCAGACUCUGCAUUCUGGAAACCGCCACAAAUGAAAGCGCUUCUACAUUCUGUUCCAUUUGGGAAGAUGAUAGUUCUUGAUUUAUUUGCUGAUGCCAAACCCAUAUGGAAUACAUCCUCUCAAUUUUAUGGCACUCCUUAUAUUUGGUGUAUGUUGCACAACUUUGGUGGGAAUAUUGAAAUGUAUGGCAUAUUGGAUUCAAUUGCUUCGGGUCCAGUUGACGCUCGUGUUAGUGCAAAUUCAACCAUGGUUGGUGUUGGCAUGUGUAUGGAAGGAAUAGAACAAAAUCCAGUAGUAUAUGAGUUGAUGACUGAAAUGGCAUUUCGAAAACACAAGGUUCAAGUUCAGAAGCACAGAUUCGUGAUUUUCCCUCAGCAAUGGCUGAAAAGCUACUCUCAAAGACGUUAUGGUAAAACAGUUCAUGAAGUUGAUGCAGCUUGGGAGAUUCUUCAUGGCACCAUUUACAAUUGUACGGAUGGAAUUGCUGACCAUAACAUAGAUUUCAUAGUUAAAUUUCCAGACUGGGAUCCAUCGCCUCUUGGAACAUCUGAAAUAUCAAGGCAAGACCAUAUGCAAAACGUUCUCGAACCACACAAAAACAGAAGAUUUCUUUUCAGCAAGACAAGCUCUCCCUUACCUCAGGCGCAUUUAUGGUAUCCUACUCAGGAUGUUGUCAAUGCAUUAAAGUUAUUCCUUGAUGCUGGAAGUGAUCUGAAUGUAAGCCUCACAUACAGGUAUGACUUGGUUGAUUUGACUAGACAAGUACUAUCAAAGCUAGCAAACCAGGUAUAUUUGGAUGCAGUGACAGCUUUCCGAGACAAUGAUGGAAAAACUCUGAGUUCCCAGAGCCACAAAUUCAAACAACUCAUCAAGGACAUCGAUAAACUUCUUGCUGCCGAUGAUAAUUUUCUACUCGGAACUUGGCUAGAAAGUGCAAAAAAGUUGGCUUUAAAUCCUAGUGAGAUGAGGCAGUAUGAGUGGAAUGCUAGGACACAGGUGACAAUGUGGUUCGAUACUACAAUAUCUAAUCAGAGUAAACUUCAUGAUUAUGCAAACAAGUUUUGGAGCGGCCUGUUAGAAGGGUAUUAUCUGCCACGAGCCUCCACUUAUUUCAGUCAUUUGUUAAAAAGCUUGGAAGAGAAUGAAAGCUUCAAGAUGGAGGACUGGAGAAAAGAGUGGAUAGCAUUUUCCAACAAAUGGCAAGCAGGUACUGAACUUUACCCUUUAAAGGCUGAAGGAGAUGCCUUUGCUAUUUCAAAAGCUUUGUUUGAGAAAUAUUUUGGCAAAGACAUCGCCUGACUGAGAAUGUAAAUAACUGAAGAUGUACAUUGGUCAUAGUUGUUCCCAAUUAUUGUAAUAAUACAAAUUUGAACCCCUAAGAUCUUGAGAUCAGUUACAAUGACAUUUGUGAUCAUUCUGUUUUGACCUUUGAAA